AUGCAUACUUCAAUCUUUCUCGCCGCUCUCCUUUCUUCGGGUGUCCUGGCUACCAGGCACCUCCACGUACCCGAGCCAGAGCGAGUCCGCGACACAGCAACAGCAACAGAAUGCACGUCUUCCGCACUCGAAACGACAGUCACUAUCAACCGAGGCAGUGAGGGCAUUUGGGUCGUCGGGGCCACAGACCUGAACCUUCUCUACAACUACCGAGAGAACGACUGGCUCGACAAUGACCAUCAACUCAUCCUCGACACUUGCAGCGAAAUCUGCCUGUCGGGCAACGACACGGACAUACCGGGGACGUGGUUGCCCAGCGGGAGCUACUACCAGGGUGCGAUAGUGAACACUCCCGGAGGAGACCCGCCGGAUCACAUUCUGUGGCAGUGUUCGUGCUACGACCGCGCAUUGACGCAGGACGAUCUCACCGCCGGUGGGGGCGUUUGGAAUAACGCCAACCCAGGAAGCGCAGCUGAUCGACCCUUCUCAAGUAUUCCCACAAUCGUGCCUACAACAUCAUACCCAUUCGACCAUUCAUUCCUACGAGAGUCUGCUCCGUCAGCCAACAAGGCGGACUUGUUUAACACCGAGUACCUCAACUGGCUCUGCCCGGAAGACCAGCUUGAGCUCCUCGAUUCUGUCGAUCGUCUACGCCUUCAUGGUAUCGAUCACUACCUCUCCUUACCCCAGAUCAUCGUGUGCGGUGAUCAGUCGUCGGGCAAGAGUUCGGUCCUCGAAGCCAUCUCCGGAAUUCCCCUCCCCGUCAAGAGCAAUCUUUGUACGUGCUUCCCCAUCGAGCUGAGACUUCGACGAGCGAAUCGGACCGGUGUCACGGUUACCGUCAUUUCUCACGAGUGUGUCGGGCUGUCAGAGGACGAGCUGAGACUUCGACAAGCGAAGGUCGCUUCUCAAGAGUCUGUCGGGACCUUCGCUUGUCAAGAGUCUGUCGGGCUGUCAGAGGAGAAGGAAAGGUUUGAUGGAAUCGAGGAACUCCCGGAAUUGAUAGAGGCCAUCACGAUUUAUAUGGAUAAAGCAAAUCGCAUCUCGAUGCAAGGCAAGGGCUUCUCGAAGGACAUUCUCCAAAUCGAGAUCACUGGUCCUGAUCGCCCGCAUCUCACUAUCGUCGAUCUGCCUGGCCUCAUCCACUCAGAGAUGAAUCAGCAGAGCGCGUCAGAUGUCGAACUGGUCCAAGAUGUCGUUAAGUUCUACAUGACCCAGCGAAGAAGUAUCAUCCUCGCCGUGGUUUCCGCCAAGAAUGACUUCGCAAACCAGAUAGUGCUGAAGCUCGCGCGUGCCGCAGACCCCGCUGGUAAGCGCACCAUGGGCGUCAUCACCAAGCCUGACACGUUGGUCCCUGGCUCGGACAGUGAAGCUACGUAUGUGUCGUUGGCCGAGAACAAGGAGUUCGAAUUGGGCCUUGGAUGGCAUGUGCUCAAGAACCGGGACUCGGAGAAGGAGGAAGGUUUUUCAGGUUUACCACCACUACUGCAUCGACGCACCGAGGAAGAGACCCAGUUCUUCUCUCAGGGCAUCUGGCAGCAGCUUCCGUCAUCGAUGCUGGGGAUCAGCGACUUCAGAAGCAAGCUAAGCAAUGUUCUGCUCCGACAGAUUGCCAUUGAACUGACCAGUCUGAUCCGCGAAUUCGAUUCAAAGCUGGAGUCGUGCUUGAUGCAGCUUGAGGCGCUUGACUUUCAGCUGCUUGUGAAGGCAUCGGUGGAUGGAACUUGCAGCGAUCCUUUCUUCAAGAAUGCCGAUUCCGAGGAGGAAUACCAGCAGCGCAUCCGGGCUGUCAUCCAGAAUCUGAAUAAGGAGUUCGCAGACAGACUCGCGGAACGUGGUCACUAUCGUGUAACCCCGGAUGUGGCCAUGCCUUCCAGUCAAUAUCUCCACGAAAUCGAGAAGGAGCACCGUAUCGUGGGAUCUAGAGAUGAAUUCAUUGACCAUAUCGAGAGUCAGAUGCAACGAACUCGAGGUCGAGAACUGCCAGGACGCUUCAGCUCCAUGAUUGUUGCGCCCCUGUUCCAUGAGCAAUCAGCUCCUUGGGAAUCCAUCGUGCGAUACCACAACCAACAGGUUUGGGACGCUGCCCAAAAGUUCUUGAAGUUGGUCAUCGGGCACGUCGCCGGGAGCGGGAUCUCCGAUGCCUUGGUUCGCAAGGUCUUGACGCCAGCCUGCAACGAUCUGCUUUCGAGCCUCGAGGCCAAGACUUCAGAGCUGUUGGACUCGCACAGGCGUAUGCACCCGAUCACAUACAACGGUUACAAGGGGAUUCAAGCCUUCUUCAAUCGCCCCUCCCGCGAGUUUGAGCAGCCGGCGAACCUCGGUUCGCAAAACUGGGACCUCACAAAGCUCGUAGAGGCCGUAUCGAAACGCACGGAGCCAAAGGUUGAGCGAUUGGCCGCUUCAGAUGCGCUUGAUUCUCUGGUCGCAUAUUACAAGGUCGCUUUGGAGCGUUUCAGCGAUGAUGUUGCCAUUGAAGUAGUCGAGAGAAAGUUGCUGGACGUCCUCGCCACCGUCCUCUCUCCCGUGUCGGUGUUCGGCAUGUCCCAAGACCUCGUGGCCCUCAUUGCCGGCGAGUCGCAGGAAAGCCGCAGCAAGAGAAUCCAAUUGAAAAAACAGGUCAACGUCCUCAAGAACGGCUCCGAAACCUGCAAGCGCUUUGCUGGUGCGAGACUGGGUGACGAGCUCCUUUCUCUUCUGGAGGGCGGUGAUGAGGGCGGUGAUGAGGGCGGUGAUGAGGGAGGCAACGACGAGCAACACGAGAGAAGCGAUAUGUUAAAGUCUGGGGAGGCGAAUAAGAAGCGGCCGCGUAAAACAACAGAAACCAAGAAUGUCCGAACCCGGUGGUAG